AUGUAUAAAAUAUAUGUUUCAAUGGACACUGGGACAGGUGGAGCAUACACUCUGGCACAGACAGGACAUUCACACUGGGACAGGUGGAGCAUAUACUCUAGCACAGACAGGACAUUCCCACUGGGACAGGUGGAGCAUACACUCUGGCACAGACAGGACAUUCACACUGGGACAGGUGGAGCAUACACUCUGGCACAGACAGGAAAUUCCCACUGGGACAGGUGGAGCAUACACUCUGGCACAGACAGGACAUUCACACUGGGACAGGUGGGGCAUAUACUCUGGCACAGACAGGACAUUCACACUGGGACAAGUGGAGCAUAUACUCUGGCACAGACAGGACAUUCACACUGGGACAGGUGGGGCAUAUACUCUGGCACAGACAGGACAUUCACACUGGGACAGGUGGAGCAUAUACUCUGGCACAGACAGGACAUUCACACUGGGACAGGUGGAGCAUACACUCUGGCACAGACAGGACAUUCACACUGGGACAGGUGGAGCAUACACUCUGGCACAGACAGGACAUUCACACUGGGACAGGUGGAGCAUACACUCUGGCACAGACAGGACAUUCACACUGGGACAGGUGGGGCAUACACUCUGGCACAGACAGGACAUUCACACUGGGACAGGUGGGGCAUACACUCUGGCACAGACAGGACAUUCACACUGGGACAGGUGGAGCAUAUACUCUGGCACAGACAGGACAUUCACACUGGGACAAGUGGAGCAUAUACUCUGACACAGACAGAACAUUCCCACUGGGACAGGUGGAGCAUAUACUCUGGCACAGACAGGACAUUCACACUGGGACAAGUGGAGCAUAUACUCUGA